AUGUCUUUUUUAACAUUUUCUUUUCUCCUCUCCAUUUUUCUCACUUUCUUUUUUCAUUUCUUUCCUCUCCUUUUUCUCACCUUUAAACUGUCUUUUUCAUUUGCUUUCUUUCUCUCCUUUCUUUUCUUCUUUCAUUUUCUUUCCCUUUCUUUGCUUUCUCUUUUCUUAACGCUUUCAUUUGCUUUCUUCAUCUCUCCUUUUCUCACCCUCUCAUUUGUUUUUCUUUCAUUUUCUCUGCUUUCUUUCUUUCUUUCUCUUUUUCUCACCUCUGCUGCUUUCAUUUGCUUUCUUUCUUUCUCCUUUUCACAAUCUGCCUUUCAUUUUUCUCUUCCUUUUCUUUCAUUUUUUUCUUUCUUCUUUUUUUCUCACCGUCUUAACUUGCUUUCAUUUUCUUUCUUCUCUCCUUUUUCUCACCCCUUUUCAUUUUUCUUCCUUUCUCCUCUCCUUUUUCUCACCUUUUUCUUUUCAUUUGCUUUCUUUUCUCUCUUUUCUCACCGUCUUAACUUUUCAUUUGCUUUCUCCUCUCCUUUUUCUCACCGUCUCCUUCCAAACUGCUUUCAUUUGCUUUCUCCUCUCCCUUUUUCUCACUUUUCUUGCCUUUUCAUUUCUUUUCUCCUCUCCUUUUUUCUCACCGUCUUAACGCUUUCAUUUGCUUUCUUCCUCUUUUUUUCUCCUUUUCUCACCCUUUCUUUCAUUUUUCUUUCUCUCCUUUUCUUCUGCGCUUUCAUUUGCUUUCUUUCCUCUCCUUUUAUCACCGUCUUCUUUCAUUUGCUUUCAUUUCCUUUUCUUCCUCUCCUUUUUUUCUCUUUCUCUCCUUUCUCACUUCUUCAUUUCUUUCUUUCUCUCCUUUUCUCACCAUCUUGCUUUCAUUUUACUUUCUUUCUCUCCUUUUUUCUCUUAACGCUUUCCUUUUUCUCUCUCCUUUUCUCACCCUUUCUUGCUUUCAUCUCCUUUUCUCCUUUCAUUUUUUCCUCCCUCUCAAGUCUUAACGCUUUCAUUUUCUUUCUUUCUCUCUUUUUCUUUUCUUCUUUCUUUCUUUCUUUUGCUCUUUCUUUCUCCAUUUUUUUCUCUUUUCUCAAGUUUAACUUUUCAUUUACUUUUUCCUUUCUUUUCUCAUUUCUUUCUCUUUCUUUGCCUUUCUCCUCUCCUUUUUUUUCUUUCUUUUCUUUCUCUCCUUUUCUCUCACCUCUCUCAUUUGCUUUCUUCUUUCUCUCCUUUUUUCUCUUUCUCUUUCUCGCUUUCAUUUGCUUUCUCUUUCUCCUUUUUCUCCUUAACAAUUUAAUUUGCUUUCAUUUUUUGCUUUCUUUCUUUCUUUUUUCUCCUCUUUCUUAA